AUGCCUAGGACGGACGUGAACGAGUUCAAGCAGCUCAUCAACGGCUCGACGCGGAUUUUAGCCCUCUGCGGCGCAGGGCUAUCGGCCGCGUCGGGCCUACCCACAUUUCGAGGAGCGGGCGGCCUUUGGCGCAACCACGAACCGACGUCAUUGGCGACCCCGGAGGCAUUCGCGAUUGAUCCGGGACUGGUUUGGCUGUUCUAUGCCUGGCGACGGCAUAUGGCCCUUAAGGCGAAGCCGAAUAAAGCACACUAUGCCCUUGCAGAGUUGGCCAAGAAGAAGGAGCACUUCUUGUGCUUGUCGCAGAAUGUUGACGGCUUAUCACCACGUGCCAGUCACCCCACUAGGUCUCUCCGGCUCCUUCACGGCAACUUGUUCGACCUGAAAUGCUUCAACCAAUGCGGCUACAUUGAACCCAACGUUCUCCGCGAUCCCCUCUGCCCGGCCCUCGCGCCCGCCGCCGAGGACUACCCGCCUGACCAGACGAUGCCUCUCCUCGACCCGACCAUCCCCACGCCCAAAAUCAAGUUAUCAGAUCUACCGCAAUGCCCGAAUUGCAAGGAGGAGGGCAAAGCAUCGCCCUUGCGGCCCGGUGUCGUCUGGUUCGGCGAAAACUUACCGGAUGGCAUGCUGGAGGAGGUUGACGAUUGGGUCGAAGAGGGUAAGAUCGAUGUUAUGCUCGUCAUUGGAACUGCGGCUGCGGUCUAUCCUGCUGCGGGUUACACUCAGAUGGCGAAGGCGCGGGGGGCUGUGGUCGCAGUGUUCAACCCUGACGUGAGUGCUCGUGCGGGUUUGGGUGGGAACGAUUUCUUCUUUCAGGGAGACUCAGCGUAUUUCCUUCCCAAGGUGCUUGAGGAUAUUAUUGGAGAGGUAAACGUUCCCGAGUAG